AUGCUUCCCACCAAGAAAACAAAAGCAUCCUCUUCAAAUGCUUACCUAAUUUCAUCUUCUUCAUCAGCCGAUACGAUAGUCAGCAAUGACGAUAUCUUAACUCUAAUCCUUCACUGUCUGCCUCUAAAAUCCCUUCUCAAAUUCAAGACAGUCUCCAAACACUGGCUUUCUCUCAUCACCGAUCCCAGGUUUCGUCCCAAACACGAUUCCACCGCCGUUUCAGGUCUCUUUAUACGACGUAUUUCUGGUCGAACCAAUCCGAAAUACGACAUGGUCAACCUUGGUCACCGUCCCUCUCGUGCUCCCUUCCGGUCCCUCACUUUUGUUAACGACGCAUCAGGGAUCAAAAUUCUGCAAUCUUGUAAUGGCUUGUUGCUUUGUUGUAGCUUUCGUGCCAAUCCUCUGGAGACAACCAAUUACAUUUACAAUCCUACUACGAAGCAUUACACGGUGCUUCCAUGUCCAACACAUGGUUUUUACAGGAACAACGCUUUUGGUGUCUGUUUAGCUUUUGAUCCUUCAAAAUCACCUCAUUACAAAGUAAUUUGCAUUACGAAUCCAGACCCUGAUUUGCCUGAUCAUUGCCGGGUAGAGAUUUACUCGCCGGAAACUGGCCCCUGGAGGCCUUCGGGUCGUCUUUUUGUAGCACCAAGGAACGUGCAUUUCAAGAAUGGCGUUUUCUGGAAUGGUGCUAUUUGCUGGCUUAGUGACUGGGGAGAUUCUCUGGGUUUCGACGUUGAAGAAGAGAAAAUGAGAGAUAUCCCGAUGCCCUCCGUCGUCACCGGAGACGUAAGGUCGCACCGGUACUUGGGAGAAUCCGGAGGCCAUUUGCAUCUUGUUGAAAUUUAUGGUUCGGACAAUUUACUCUUUGACGUAUUCGAGAUGGAGAGAGACAACUCCGGUUGGUUCGAAUACCGAGUCGAUCUAAAUCCGGUCGUGGCAGCUUUUCCGGAGACGGUUCGGGGAUAUGUCGAUCCAACAGACUUGCGGUUUUAUGCGUUUUCAAUACUCUGCGUCGUUCGUGAAGAAUCAGACGAGGGAUCAUUCAUGGUGCUGCAUUUGCCUGGCAAAGCAAUAAGGUUUAAUUUCAAGGACAAUAGUUUUAGGAAGCUUCAUGAUUUCGCUCUUGUGGGCAAUAAUUCAUUGGAGUUUGGAUGUUCUGAUGCUCAUCAAUUCAUUGAAAGCUUUGCUUGUGUAUGA